GUGUCACAUGAUACGAAGAUGUCGGCCUACAGUGCAGCAGCAUUUUUUGGCUUGGUUUCAAUAAGUGCCGGUGUCAUAACAACCAAUUUGAAUGGAAUUUGGGUGGUGACCGAUGAACAAAAGAAUAUAAAUAUUACGGGUGAAGUUCCUGGCAGUAUGUACACAGCAUUGAUGGAUCACAACGUCAUCCAGGAUCCAUAUUACCGUGACAACGACCUCAAGUAUCGCUGGAUCGGACUAGACAACUGGGCGUAUAGCAGGGUAUUUAAUGUGACAGUGGACAUGAUGUCGAUGAUGAACGUUCAGUUGGUGUGUGAAGGACUGGACACGUUUGCCACAGUCACCAUUAAUGGCCAUCUGGUGGGAGAGACCAACAACAUGUUUGUCAGAUACGUGAUGGACAUCAAACCUUACAUCAGAGAGGGGGAGAACAUGAUCCUUGUGUCAUUUAAGUCAGCAGUCCAGCAGGCCCAGAGUUUGGCAGCCAACUACAGCUACCUGGUGCCCCCUGCUUGUCCUAUCCCCCAGAUCAACGGGGAGUGUCAUGUCAACAUGAUCAGAAAGGAGCAGUGUUCAUUAGGCUGGGGCUUUGGACCUUCCUUUCCAACCCAGGGGAUCUGGCGAGAUAUUUACAUAGAGUCUUACAAUACAACAACCAUUCGUUCUUUCACUGCAGAGACUCUUAAAGACACUAAUGGAUCAUGGGUAAUUGAUGCUGAGGUACACAUGGAUGUCCCGUAUGGAGCGACAGUUGAGGGUUUGAUUGAAAUUCAGUUGGACAUUACAUCCAUUGGAAGUAAACAGAAUGUCUCUCUAACACACCGGGACAAUAAAGUGACACUGAGAGUCAACAUCGACGAGAACUUGGACAUUGAAGAGUGGUGGCCCAAUGGCUAUGGGGCCCAGCGUUUGUACAAACUCUAUGCCUUCUUCACCAGUGUUGAUGGCCACAGCAUGUCAGGCAAAAAACUUACCAUUGGAUUCAAAACUGUGGAAUUGGUGCAGGAGUUUGUGUCUGGAGAUCCAAAUCAAGGUAGAUCCUUUUACUUCAAAAUUAAUGGUGUCCCCAUUUUCCUCAAGGGCAGCAAUUGGAUUCCAGCUGACAGUUUUCAGGAGAGGGUCACAAUAAAGAGCAUACGCCACCAUCUGAAGUCAGCAAGAGAUGUCCACAUAAAUGCCAUCAGAGUCUGGGGAGGAGGGGUGUAUGAGUCUGAUGACUUUUAUGAUCUUGCUGAUGAGCUAGGAAUCAUGAUCUGGCAGGAUUUUAUGUUCGGAUGCGCUAUGUAUCCCAGAGACCCACAAUUUCUUUUCACUGUGCGCGAGGAAAUUACACAGCAGGUCAGAAGACUGAAGUCUCAUGCCUCUCUGCUUCUGUGGAGUGGGAAUAACGAGAAUGAGAAAGCUCUACGACAAAACUGGUAUUACACUGAUGUAAAUUUUACACUGUAUUACAAUGACUAUGUGGCUCUGUACCACGAUACGAUUCAGCCCAUCGUACAAACGGAGGACACCAUUCACCCGUUCAUCAUGUCCAGCCCCAGUAAUGGGAUGGAGAGUCUUCAGGAGGGAUUCGUUGCCAAAGAACCGUGGAGUGAGCUCUACGGAGACAUUCACGAUUAUCGUUAUCUGGACCCGUUUUUUGACGAGAGCGUGUACCGAGUUCCUCGACUGGCAUCAGAGUACGGACUUCAGUCUCUGCCGUCCUACGAAACCUUGGCAAAAGUUUAUGCCGAAGAAGACCUGGAUUUCUGGUCGGACAUGAGUGAGCAUCGGCAACGUCAACCAUUUGGUAACGUCCAGAUGAUGACAGAGGUGAUCCUUUACCUUAACCUUCCCAAUGCCCCAGACAAAAAACAGAAGUUUAAGGACACCAUAUAUGUCACACAGAUUGAUCAUGCUAUUGCCAUGAAAACUGAGACAGAACAUUACAGACGCUGGCAGAACAGAAUAGAUGAGAAGGGGCGGGGCAACACGAUGGGGGCAAUGUACUGGCAGCUGAAUGACAUAUGGCAGGGGCCCACCUGGGCUUCCAUAGAAUAUGGUGGAAAAUGGAAAAUGCUGCAUUACUAUGCACAACACUUUUUCUCCCCCUUGCUUGUCUCACCUUAUGAGGAAAAUGGAGAGGUCAAAGUUUACAUCUGUGCAGAUGAGACGAAAAUUCAUGCAGUGAGACAUGCCCACACACACCACAUACAAUUUGAACUGGCUGAUCACUACAGAUCUGGAGUCUUGUUUGGCACAAUUCCCCAUAGUAACCAUCACCCUAUCCAGCAUGCUGUGGGACCCUCUGGGACAUUGUACGUGUCUCUGUACUCAUGGGACAGCAUGGACUCUAUGUACACCUGGACACAACCAUUCCAGAUGAAUACGACUUCACAGCUGGUGUUUUCUGCAAACAUAGACAACAUGUUAGGAGAGGCUGGCUGUAUCCGACGACAAAACUGCUUUCUAUAUUAUCACCUUGGCAAUCCACAAACUGGCCCAGUUGCCUGGCAACCACUGUCAAUAUUCCAGAGUGCGAUAGGAUUACAGAAAGCCAAUAUACGGGCCAUCGGAUGUUGAAGAUGCGCCUGAGACAGGUGUUGUAAAAUGUCUGGAUCUUCUGCAGGGUUGUUUUGGUCAUUCUCCAUAGAAUUAGGGGGAAGCAUUUUUGUAUACUAUCAAGAUAUGAAUCAUUUUCUACUGAAUCAUUCUCUUAAGAUACAGUCAAAAUGUCAUCCACAAUUUAAAGGCUUUAGAAUCAUUUUCAGAUAUUAAGCUUAUUUUAAAUAAAUAGAAACAUCUUUCUCAUCAGGUUACAAACGUAGCCAUGGUACAAAAAGAACAAGUCUUCAACAUCACCAUCACUACCAAUGCCAUCGCUCCCUUUGUCUGGCUGGACACGCCUGGAAUUCAAGGUCGUUUCUCGGACAACGGCUUCCUUAUGGUUCAGUCCACCAUGCACCUGCAGUACUUUGCGUGGGAGUUAGUGGACUUGAAGACCUUAGACAAUUCUAUUACCAUCAAAUCUCUGAUGGACAUUUAUUACUGACCACUGAAGUGACCUUGAAUUGGACAAUCAGGAGAGAAUGCAGCAAGUGAUAUGUCCAAGUAUCAGAAUGUUUUCUUAUUGCUAUAGCAUGUUAUUCGUUUUUAAACGUAUGCAAAUAUUCAUACAGAAAUUUAUUUUUGAUAUAUUUUGGUUCUUGUUACCCAAUAAUGACUGAGGACUUUCUUCACAUACGAUAGAUAUAAAUACUGUGAUUUCAUCUUGGCCAUUGUUUUUUAUAUUUGACACAUUAUAUAACACAUUUUGACAGAUACUGUAACACAGUUGGAAAUGCUCUGAUGUAGAUCAUCCUAACAUACGAGUAUAUUCCCUAACAACUGUCUGGACACUUUGUUCAUUUUUUCCCCCUGAACUUCAAGCUAGACUGAUUGAAAUUCUGACAAAGACAUUGAUUGGCAAGUUGAAAAAGACCAUACCCGUGCCCAUUGAAGCUACUUUAAAUCAAUCUCUAGAAAUUUAAAGCCUGAAUUUUCCUCAGAGUCUGUAUUUAAAAAAAGAAAUUGGAUUCAGUGUUUAGAUUGUCUUCUGAAAAAUGUUUUGGACUCUUCCCAGCAUAACUAUUACAUAUAUAGGCAAGUUGAAUAUGACUUCUGGAAUGAGCCUGGUGUAAAAGACAAUAUUUUUGUAAUACAUUUAAAAUAAAUUAUCAUAGAUCCA